AUGGUUGUACGACGGCUCGCGGGGUCUGCUCGCGGCGGUUCUAAUCGCCGGAGGAAGAGGCUGGUCGCGGCGUCUGGUCGUGACAGGGUUCGCCGGAAGCCGCGCAAUUCACGCGUGAACAAGGGUCGCCGGAAUUCUUCGCGAGAUGGAGGCGGAACUGGGCAGCGACUCACGACGUGGGAGGAGAGCGGGUCGUGGCGUAGCUGGGGUCUCGUCGCCGGCGGGGCGGCUGUUCCAAGUGGAGUACGCGAUGGAGGUGGUGAAGCAGAAGAGUUCGAGACGAUGGAAGAAAAAACUGGAAAUUGGAGAUUGUGGGUGGGGCCAUGA